GUAACCUCCGCGAGAUCAAGAUCAAAGAAAAUGCAAGUUUUUGUGAAAACUCUUACCGGCAAGACCAUCACUCUCGAGGUCGAAAGUAGCGACACCAUCACCAAUGUUAAGGCCAAAAUUCAAGACAAAGAAGGUAUACCACCGGACCAGCAGCGACUAAUUUUCGCCAGAAAGCAACUAGAGGAUGACCGUACUCUUGAUGAUUACAACAUCCAGAAAGAAUCAACUCUUCACCUUGUGUUGAGGCUUAGAGGAGGAGGAUCUGGAAAAAGUUAUCCACCAUCUUUGAUGGCUUUGGCUCGUAAAUCUAACCAGGAUAAGUUGAUUUGUCGCAAGUGCUAUGCUCGCUUGCCUUUGAGGUCUACUAAUUGCCGCAAGAAGAAAUGUGGACAUUCUAAUGAGCUAAGGCGCAAGGCUAUGAUUUUCACUAAUGGUAACAAGGGAUAGAGGCCACAUUUAAUUGGUUGAGAUUUGCACAAAUUUUAGCAUUAUCUAAUAAAAGUUGUUUUUGAACAAUUGUCUUAUGUCUAUGAUUUUGAUGAUUUCAUUAGUAUUAAACCUAGAAUUUUAUUACCUUUAUAAAAGACUUGUUGUCAAGCCUUCACUCUUAGAAGUGAAUAUUACUUGUUGGCUUGCUUAUUGCAGAUUAUAUUUCCAAUUUGAAGACAUUUUGUGGUUAUCUAUGUUAUUUUCUUCGUAUUUUAUUGUG